AUGAGUGAGUUUCGGAGGACACUCCCAGUCAGUUUGACACUCGUUCUCUUCAGAUCCAUUCGUGAUUUUUCUUCUUCUGACCGCUCUCGCUACGAACUCGCUCAACCACACCGACCCGAAUAAUCCGAACCCAUUCGACCGAACCGUCUCCGAUGUUCCCCGUCCGAUCAGAGCUCCGAAUGGUUAGUGGACCGAGUGGAUCACUCAUCCAACAGAUCCGUUUGCAGCCGAUCCGUUGAAGACGACCAUCGAAAAGAUGAAGACGAUCGCCAGGAUCGCGACGGGCAUCUUCCUGCAGCGGGCACUCGCCCAGAAAACCAUUAUGACCGACGCGCUCAUUUCCGAACUGCUCCGUCUGGGAAGUGUCACUCCGGCAGAUAUCAUCGGAAUCAACGGGACCGAACUGACGGAAGCACUGACUGCGCUGAAAGACCUGCCAGGUACGCUGACGGCCAACUCGAGGGCGAUGCGGUUCGCGGGUGUCUACAAGGCGCUGCACGAAGUGAAGAAGUUGGUUGACGGGAGCGGAAACAUCACUAAUUGGAGUGAGAAACGGCUCAAGGCGGACAUCGAGAAGAUGGCUCAGAACGGAAUUGAGCUGAAAUUCGUUACUCAGUUGGAAAAAUGCAUGACCCACUGGAGUUCCUCGUUUGAAAGUCUGAGUACCAUGAACUACAGUGAAAAUGGUGCUGCUUAUGUUUUUUCCGUAUUAAAAAAAACAGCCGAUUGCUUCAUUAAUGGUACAAAUCUCGUUUCUGCGGAUUUGAAAACGGUGAAAUUCGCAACAAUCGAAAGUGCCACAUCAGAAUUGUCUCCACUUUCGAAAGCAGCGAAAGGAGUCAAAAAGUACAGUGAUGUAGCCGCAACUGUUGAACAUAUAAUUUCGGAUACAGCCGAUUUCGCGUCCUUCGAAGAUUACUUUCACUCCGUUUUCAAUGCUUCGAAGAAAGUUGAUGAUAUAACGAAGUACCUUGAAGUCAUCAAGAACUUUUCGAAUUCGCGUAGCUUGCCACCGCACUCCCGUCAUCUCAAUUACACCUUCGGUUUUCCAAGAGGAUAUGAUGAUUUGAAUCUCCUGUCCGACGAUCUAAAUUCUCAGUGGAUCAGUCAAGUUGCGCGGGUCGACAGUUUUAAAAUGGGUUUGCGCAGUGUGGAGUCUCUUUCGCCCUCAUUGAGAGAUAUUGAAUCGGAUUUGGGAAGUGAGCAGCAGCGAGUGGCGAUGAAACCAUUCUUCAAGUUCGCGGAGGAAUUCAGAGGCGUGCAUCUCAAGUCAAAGAAUCUCAUCGAUAAUGCCGAAGCAAUCCGAAACUGCCAUCGAUUCACUCCGGACCAGCCAAACGCCACUGAUUUUAUGAACGUGGAAUCGGAUGUGAAGGAACUUGACGACACGAUGGAGACCAUCAGAACGUCAAUGAGCAAGAUUGAAACGAAUCUGACAGCAGCUGAGGCUGGAAUUAUCAAGGUCAGAGAUAUUUGUGCAAAAGCCGAAGGAAAAAAAGGCGCCGAUCUGGAAAAUGUGUUCAAUGAGUUCAGAAACAACAAAGACAAGAACGAGACCAACGAACUAUUGAAGAAAGUCUCUGCGACCGUGAGAAAAAUCCAAGACCAUCUACUGCCAAAAAUCAAGGACAGUGCUCAGAAAGUGAGCGACAAGAUGAGUGUUAUAUUAUCAUAUCAGGAGGCAUUGGCGAGUUUCGGGACUCUGUUCAGUUGUUUGCAAGGUGUGAAGGACUACGCAUCGGUGAUGACGUUCAUUUCGAAUUCUGAAGAGUUGAAGAGCGAUCAGUUACCCUUCUCGGUGGGCAAGGUCCAACGAAUUUUGAGCGAUGUAGCUGGUACUCCUGACAAGUUGAUAGCACUGAAUGACACGAUCGGCAGUAUCGACUUCAAGACGGCGGAAUCGAACGCUCUGAAACUUCUGGAGGACCCUUCCACUCAUUCGGAAAUGAUCGGAACCGCCACGCAAGGACUCGUCGCGAUGAAGAUGUUGCUCGACAAACAGUCCGAGUUCGAGCAGAUCCCGCAGCACGUUGGUCCGAUCGGGCAGGCAGUCGCCACGACGCCGCCUCAGUUGAACUCGGAAGACGUCAUCCAUCUGAAAUCGGUCGUCGCUCUGAGCACGAAGAUCUCGACGUUGUUCGCCGAACUGCACACGUGGAGCGAUCAGAUCGUGGAAAGUGACUCGACAGUCCUGGCCGACUACAAGAAUCUCUUUUCAAAUGCUGCGACGGUCGCCGGAAUACCUGCAGCGGAUGUGAAGGCGAUGAGUGCGGCGGUGGCCAAUCUGAAGGAUCUGACGACGGAUCCGACUGCGAGGGACGAGCUGACCAAAAUGGAGAAGUGGCUGGACAAUCUCGGUUUCAUCGGAGUUGACUUCUCCAAUUUCACAGCCAGUUUCGCCUCGGCCCCCAACUCUCUGGACCAGUUGGACGCGUUCUUCGCCGCAUUUGCCGAGCUGAUGGCCCCGCCGCUCGUCGUGCACACAGGCCCGCCUCCACAGCCACAGCAACAACAGUCGGUCCUUGCAAACACCACCAGUGGAAUAUGGAUUCCGAAUACCACCGAGACGGCCAAGUGAGUUUUUGAGAAGCAUUUCUGGAAUUUAUAAUUUUAUGGUUUCAGUAGUGCUACGCUGGCCUGGAUUCUCGGAGGUCUCGGAGGACUUGUGCUCAUCAUCGUCAUCGUCGUCAUCAUUGUGUGUGUGGUGAAGCGAGUGAAGAAAGUGAAUUCGAAGGACAAGGAAGAGAAGAAAGCAUUAUUGCCGAGCAGCGGUGCUAAUCAGGACGGAGGAUCGAACGCCGCAGCCAAACCACCGGUUCCGGUUCCGCCACAAAAAAGCUUUCUGAAAAGUCUCACCGAGAAAUUGUUGUCACUCGCCGAUACGCAAAAAAGUGAGAGUAAGUUACCCGACUCAACAGUUCGCAGCAUUCGGUCGCUUUUUUUCAGAACCCAAGACCAAAGCGGUGCCGAAGGAUAAAGUCAUUGAUUUCAUGCAAGGCCUUCACGACAGCAUCAUAUACUUCAAGGAAGCAAUGAAACUGUUGACUACGAAGCUUCCGGAGUCGGGACUCAUCGGUUACUACAUUGCAUUCUGCGAAAAUCAGUUCGCGACAGCCGUGGUGAAUUCGUUGAAAACCAGCAAUCUUACGGGAACCGAUCGGAAAGAGACGCGGUAAAAAAGGUCCGCAUUGACUCGUAAACUCCUCUUUUUUAGGCAUGCCACGUGUCUUGCGCAAUUAGGACGAGUGAUUCUGAAGGGUUACGGCCAGUUGUUCACCUCAAACUUCAUCCACGCCAACGACCUGGUCCUGCGCAACGGUCUCGUGCUCCGACUCACGCAGGCUCCGAUUGGCAACGACGAGCGCGGCUACAUAGGGACGAUCGAGAAGUUCUACUGGAUGCUGCGGCAGGACAGAACCGAACGGGUGGUCAUGUUGUGCAAACUGUUCGAGGACGGUUCGUGAGCCGCCGCAAUAGUUUCCGACUAAUUGUGAUUUCAGAAACACGCAAAUGCGCACAGUACUAUCCGGAGGAAAGUGGCGAUGAGCUCACGUUCCAAGGCUUGACAGUGAAAUGCACUUCGAAAUCGCUCGACUCGACAGAAGAGAUCGUCACCCGCGUGCUUUCCGUCAAAUUCACGUGAGUUCCGCGAUGUUGCAAAACAUUUGAAAGUGGAGAUAAUGCGGGAAGAAUCGCCUUUCUGGAUAGAUUUCUCGGUAAAUGUAUCCACUUUAGAUAUUUUUCCAGAGGCUACCCCGAGUUCACGGUCAAACACGAUCAGUACCUCGAAUGGCCGGACCACUCGGUGCCCAAGAAUGUCGACGGGGUCCUUGCGCUCCUCCACUCGAUUCGUCACGAAAAAAACCCGGUUGUCGUGCACUGCUCGGCCGGAAUCGGGCGGACCGGCACCUUUGCCGGUAGGAUCCUCCCGACCUUUCGCACUUCUUUUUAAACACUUUCCCCGGUUUCAGCCAUCGCUCUAGGCCGUGACAUGGUGGCCAAAUACGGAAAUGUGUCGCUCGACCAUUGGAUUGUGACCCUCCGCCAAUUCCGCGCCAAUGCCAUCCAGACGCCCACCCAACUCUCGUUCGCCCUCUACGUCCUCUGCUCGAACCUCUGUGCGGUCAGUCCGAACUACUCUUGAUCUUGGAAAAUUUCUGAAAAUUUUUCAUGACCCGCCCGUGCAGCGGGCCCACUUUUGUUAUUUGUAAUUUUGUAACAAGAAUUGAAGAAAAUUAUUUGCAGGGAAUCGAUGUCGAAUCGGAUAAGGCGUUGAAGAUGAUGUUAUUAGCGAUCAAAGAUGGACACACGCAUUACAAGAUCAUCCAGGAGACGAAAGAGGAGAGAGAGAAGGCGGAUCAGGAAUUUGACGAGGUGUUAGAGAAGUUGAAGAGUGAAAUGAAGAAGGAUAGACUCAUGAGCGGCUCGGAGAGCGAGAAGGAGGACGAAGAGAAGUCGCCGAUAUUGAGCGAAGAAAAUGAUGAGGAAAAGGAGGAAGAAAAUAAGGAGGAGGAAAAGGAGGAGGAAAAGGAGGAGGAGGAGGAGGAGGAGGAGGAGGAGGAGGAGGAGGAAUGGGAUGAUGAUGAUGAAGAUGAAACUCAGAUAUCCGUAUCGGUAGUUGAGACGGACGACGACGAGUGGUCGUGGAAGAAGCAAAUCAACAUCUAG